AUUAAAACUGUUUGCCAACGGUUGACUCUGGCGGCGGCGGAGAAGAAGAAAAAGAUUGUCAACAAUGGACCCCGAGUUUCGGAUCGAGUUGCUCCCUUCGGACCCGCUCCUGCACAUAUUGUCCUUCCUUGACUUUAGAGACUUGGUCAACGUCAGUUCCACCAAUAGGAGGUUGAAUGAGUUGUCCAAACACAAUCCGCUGUGGCGUACGUUGUGCUCCAAAUACUGGCUGAUCGCAGAAGAUGAGCGGCUACAGAGCGGCCAGUCCUGGUUCAACCUCUUCAAGGAAUACUACGCUGACCUGGGCCGCUACAUCCAGUACUACUCGGUGUUGAAGAGAGCCUGGGAACAGCUGACUAGUUUCCUGCGGCAGAGAUGUCCACGCAUGAUCGCGUCACUUAAAGAAGGUGCCACGGAGGCAGAGCUGACUAGCGUAGAGGCUCAGAUCGGCUACCACCUUCCGGAUGACUAUCGUUGCUCAUACCGCAUCCACAAUGGCCAGAUGCUGGUCAUCCCGGGGCUGAUGGGGAGCAUGUCACUAUCCAAUCACUACCGUUCAGAAGUGCUGCUGGACGUGGAGACGGCGGCGGGGGGGUUCCAGCAGAAGAAGGGGAUGAGAUGCUGCCUUCCGCUCACCUUCUGCUUCCACACGGGCCUCAGCCAAUACAUGGCCCUGGAGCACGUCGAAGGGCGACGCAUGUUUGAGAGCUUCUACCCCUGCCCUGAUCAGACAGCCCAGGAUCCCUCAGUCGUAGACAUGUUCAUGACAGGUUCCUCUUUUCUGGAGUGGUUCACCACCUAUGUCAACAACGUGGUUAUGGGGGAGUACCCGAUCAUCCGAGACCAGAUCUUCAGGUACGUGCACGAUAAAAGCUGCGUGACAACCACCGGGGAUAUCACCGUUUCUGUUUCGACCUCCUUCCUGCCUGAGCUCUCCUCCGUCCACCCGCCGCACUUUUUCUUCACUUACCGCAUCAGAAUAGAGAUGGCGAGUGGCGCGCCGCCUGAGGUGGCCUGCCAACUGGACAGCCGCUACUGGAAAAUCACCACGUCCGACGGCAAUGUGGAGGAAGUGCAAGGGCCCGGCGUGGUCGGGGAGUUUCCAGUCAUGACGCCGGGAAAGGUUCACGAGUAUGCCAGCUGCACAACCUUCUCCACGCCGUCGGAGUACAUGGAAGGACACUAUACCUUCCACCGACUUGACAACAAGGAAGUCUUCAACGUGGCAAUCCCUCGCUUCCAGAUGGUGUGCCCGCCAUUCAGAGAGCCCACGUUGCAGACAGAGUCGAGCGAUUAUAAGUCAGGCAAAGAAGAUGAGGACGACUACGAUGGUCUGAGGGGAAUCAACAUGGCCGCCCUGGAAGGAGCGUGGUGCCCCCGACACAUCUGAUGUUUGUGACGAGGCGUUGCUGUGGAAACCAGGUGGCUGGUCGGUGGUUGUUUUUGUUGUUGGUGGGUUGUGGGCAAAGCCAUUGGGACAUUAUCGCCUUGCAGCUUGUCUCAUCUGCACAACUUCACGGCGCUUGGUUGACUUUUUCAAGAGAAGGCAGGCGAUGCUAAUGCCUCACUUUCAGUUUAUAUUUUCUGAACUCUUCAGCUGCCAGCAGCCAGAACAGAAUUCUUAUUUAGCCGGCAUAUGCCGGUCUUUUUUUUUUUUUUGCAAGUGUGUGUGUGUGGGGGGGGCUUUCCAUCAAUGCUUUAGUUUAAUAGUAGUCUUUUAUUACAGAUUGGGGGUAUUGUAAAGAGUGUGGUUUUAGUCUGAAGUCGCAGAACAAAUGUUGAACUCAAUCACUUCCUGUGGUGGCUUUAAUUAUGAUAUUUCCACUUUUUGUUACAAGAAGCACAGUGGGGCCGAUUUCUUGCAGUUUCUAUGGUAAAGUGACAUCACUUUGUGGUGGCUUUGUUUUUUGUUUGUGAUGAUUCAAUAAAUCUUCAUUGCUGCUUCACCUUA